GAAAUUCAGAAUGCUGCUUCUCGUCACAUGCUAAUUUUACCUCAAACUUUGCGUCUCAGUCGAUGAAAAUGAGUAGUGGUCCAAACCAGAGGACUUUAUUUCAGACUUGGGGUGCACCCGCUCCUCAAAACAGCGUCGUUCAACCGAAAAAAGACGGUAAGAAGGCAGCAGGACGGCGCAAAGCAACCUCAAGCAACACCUCACAGGUAGCAAAAACACACCCUCCGACUCUGAACCCUCUGUGGACUCAAAUAGGUCAGUCCUGUUCAACAGCAGGGGAUCCGAAAUCUGCGUUUGGAGAUGAAGAUGACGAUGAUGAUUUGAUGCUGGUCGCUGUCUAUGAAGCUGAGCAAAGCCUAGAAGCUGACAAUGCAAACACCGGGAGUUAUGACAACAAAGAGAGUAUUGACCCCUCUCCUGUCCCGUCAGCUGGGAGGACAUAUCCAGACUUCCCUGGCUUUGACAGCUCCUCGGCUAAAGUAUGGAUUUACCCCACCAACUAUCCAAUAAGAGAGUACCAGCUGAAGAUAUCAGAGGCGGCCCUUUUCCAGAACUCCCUGGUUUGUCUCCCCACUGGUCUGGGAAAGACUUUUAUAGCCUCUGUGGUUAUGUACAACUUCUACCGCUGGUAUUCAUCAGGGAAGAUCGUCUUCAUGGCCCCGACCAAACCUCUGGUGGCACAGCAGAUCGAGGCCUGUUACAAAGUGAUGGGUAUACCACAGGAACACAUGGCUGAACUAACAGGUAAAUAUGAUAAAUAAUGCUCUCUUAUAUAGGGAAGAGUGGGGUAAGAUGAGCCAUUUUUCAUAUUUUUGAUCACUACAUCAAGGCAAUCAUAGUUUUGUCUCUAACUAGUGUAUCUGCACAUAUUUCAAGAUAUUGUGCAUCCCUGCAAACCAACAGAAUGAGUGUAAACAUAACUGUCUCGAUAAUAUAGCAUGCCAAAAUAAGUAGUCUGACCAUAAGAGUGGGGUAAGUUGAGCCUUAUCCCUACUACCCCCCCAAUCUCCACCCCAGCCCUCCCUCAGCUUCUCUCUCCCUAAAUAACAGUCACUUCUUCACAUUCACGUGUAUUUUUAUCUAUUAUACGCUAUUCAACUGGCCACAGAAACACUUAAGCUGUAUCUACAAGAAAGUGAUCAGGAAAAAAGCUGUUAAGAUAGUAAAUAAUCCUUCUCACCCACUGGACAGUGAGUUUGUUAUACUUCGUUCAGGCAGAUGUUAUCAAGUACCUAAGGCAAAUUGUAACCUCCUUAAAAACCAAGAGGAACACUGGCUCAACUUACCCCAGAACUACUAUGAUGACUUUACUAGUCCUCUAAGCUAAAAUGGUGGAGUUAUUUGCUAGAUUUUUGACCUCAUGUUGUAGCUCAUAGAUACCACAAUUGAUGUAUAAAACAGAUUUUAAAUGGUCUGAACACAAUUCUAAUAAAAUUUAUGACAGACUAAAUUCACUUUCAAGAGUGGAAAAGUUUUUUUUUUUUUUUUUUUUUUAAAAUAAAUGUCUAACCCAUGUGCUUCUAACCUUCACAGACUCCAUGAAUUGAUGCCCAUCUCCUAAAUAUUUGGUCACACGAUCAAUUUCUUUUAUCAUUUCCAAGCAACAGGGUGUGGCUCACCCACUCCCCCCUACUCCUCUCGUCUUUAUUUACAAUAUUUUACCCCUUUAUCUACAGGCAGCACAGCAGCAAAGCAGAGACAGGAGGUGUGGAGGACCAAGCGUGUCUUCUUCCUCACCCCUCAGGUUAUGGUGAACGAUCUGUCCAGAGAGACCUGCCCCGCUCAGCAGAUCAAGUGUGUGGUGAUCGAUGAAGCGCACAAGGCGCUGGGCAACCAUGCCUACUGUCAGGUACAGAAAUGGUCACUUACAUCUUUUAUUUGUCAUUCUUGAAUAUGUUUUUUUUUUUUAAAGUUACUUUUUCUAACUAUUUCUAGAACCUAUUUUCCAUAAAAGUCAAGAAGCUGGGUAAACUGUUGAUAAAAAACAGAGUUUGGUGGUUUGCAAAUAUUUUGCUGAAAAGAGUGCAAAGAUAACAUCUCUAAUUUUUGAAUGAAAUAUGUUUCUUCAAAGUUGAUUCAAGUAACAGGUUUCCACAAAGUCGAGACAGGAGCAUAUUUACCACUAUGUUGCAUCAUCCCUUUUUGAACUUGCUGUAAUCAUUUGGGAGUUUUGGAGACCAGCUUUUGUUGCUUUGAAAAUGAAAUGUUGGGAUUGCUGUCACUCAACAGAUUCUGGUCUCAUUUGUCACGAUUUUUUUUAUUUCAUGAUGCUCCAAAUGUUUUUAAUGGAUGACAAACUGGGACUGAGAAAGGCUACUCUUCUACUAUGCUAUUAUAUUGAAAUAGUAUGAAAAAGAUUGGUUUUGGCAUCUCCUUGAAUAAAGCAUGGCAGCACAGCUUGAUAUAUUUGUUGCCUUCUCAGAUGUGUGAGCUUACCAUGCCCUGGGCACUUCAGCAUCCUUAUACCAUCACAGAUCACUGGCCAUGCAGUGAUUUCUACUACAGAGUCAUGCCUGUUAAAAUACAGUGCUGCCUGAGAGCCUAAAGAUUUUAGCCAACCAGAGUUGAUUUCUUCCCCACUUUGCGCCUCAGAGAUAGACCAUUAAAUAUCAACACUAAACACGUCAUUCCAUCAUCUUUUGAUUUGGGGUUGUAUUAUGAUUGAGCUUUUAUAUCAACAUGGAAACAUUUUCAGAUCACUACUUUAAUGCAACUCAGCUGACUUUGUAUGUAACUGCUUACUUCUGUCUCAAGCAUUUGCACUGUGAGACAACCAAUUUCUGGUUCAAUACUGAGCUUUUCUGCAUGCUGACAGUGUCUUCCACCUCUUUUCCUUGUAACUCAGGUCAUCAGACAACUUAGCAGCCAGACUCUGCAGUUUCGAGUUUUGGCUCUGAGUGCAACUCCAGGGGGAGAUACGAAAGUAAGAAAAAAAACACAGUAUCUGCUCUUAAACACAUUUUCCACUCAAGUCCCUCCACAACUAUUUCAAUCUUUCCUCUUUCAUCCCACUCCACAGUCAGUGCAGUCGGUGAUCUCUAACUUGCUCAUCUCUCACAUUGAGCUGCGUUCAGAAGAGAGCCCAGACAUCCAGGCCCAUUCUCACCAGCGCAGUGUUGAGAAGAUGGUCGUUCCUCUGGGUGAGGCCCUUUCUGCUCAGCAGGCGCGCUACAUUGAGGUAGGAAAAAGAAAUUUUAUCUUGUAUUUAGCUUGACUCCCUCCAGGCUUUUGCUUUUCUUCCUCCAUACAAAUACAAGUCUGACUUAACAGUAGGCUUUUAGAGGAAUGAAUGAGAGUGACUUUUAUUACUGUGAAUUCAGAAACAUCUCGUUUUGGUUAAUAGUUGUUUUUGAAAUCAGAUGAUUCCUAUUUGGUAGUGUUUGAUUGGUUAUCUUACUUUUUUUGUUGAGCAGAAGACAGAGAUCUUUAAGGUACAUUGCUGCCACCUUGUGGUUUUGUCAAGCUGACUCGUUAUUGAGAAGCUCAGCGGCUGUGAUCAUUUCCUCAGCAUCACGUCUUCUCUCUUGCUGUUUAGUUCAAACCUGGUCAGUUCAUAUAACAUGGAUUGAUUUGUCUUGAAAGCAACAUCCUGUCUCACUUGGUGGUCUUGCCUUUAGGGGUCUGGGUUAUUAACAGACCCUCCAGGCUGCCUCUCUGUCAGGGGUUGGCUCACUGUCUGAGUGUACUGUACUGUAAAUGUGCAGCUUUGCUUCAUCUGUCUCAAGCAGCUGAACAGCUGGAAUGUGAUAUCUGCGUUUCAAAAUCCAGACCUGUUGGAUUUGAGCUUUUAGGUUUUCUUUUCUUUUUCUUUUUUUCGGGCUUUCCCUCUUUUUCUUUUUGCAUAUGUUAUUUGUCUUUUCUUGCUUGUUGUGUAAUUGCUUUUAGUUUUCAUACUCUCUUUAUAUAACCCACUUGACCGGAUGCUGUCUGCAGCCUGCUCCAUUUCCCAGUGCCUUCCCUUAAUUUGACCACAAAACUAGACAUAACACUGUACUCAGGUGUAAGCUGAGCAUUACUGCGCUCAUUCAGGCAGAAAAAAAUGACUGUUGAGAAAAUCAUAAAAAUGAACUAGUCAUGCAUGUUUUCUUGGGGGUCAGUUGAGUGCUUUUCAUUCAGUUUUUGGCCAGUUUCGUCAAAGACAUUCAAGAGUAUUCAUCCAUAAAACCAAAAAUAGCCCUUUGUUUCUCGGGGCUUCAGCCCUGUGGUUUUGAAUGAGCAUGGAUUGCGGUUUUAUGGACAAUGUGUGUAAGUCAGUGAACAUCUAGGCCACUGUGUUCAGGCCUGAGCAAAGUUAUCGGUCAUGAAAUAUGCACUGUACUGGCAACUCGUAGGGCAGUCCGGGGCUUAUGUUGUUGCAGUUAUCUGUUUUAAAAUGAAUGUAGUUGAUCCAGAAGGGAUUUCUUGAUGUUUCUUUGACUGUAGAGGAAAAAAAUAACAGUAGAAGAAGAACUCAUUUCUUUCAAGCCCCACAGUUUAACGUAUCUCUAUUACACACCCUUGACAAUGCAUUAUACACUGAACUCUGAUACACUAUAAUGUGUGUUGGACUCUAUUGUGAAAUCUUAUCAGGUUACUUUGCUCCAGUAACUCAGCACCACCUCUUCUUUUGAAGUCGGUUAUACUAUAUAUUUCAGAACAUACAGAGAUGUGACCCUUUUGGUUUGCCACAUUUGAUCCCAUCAUGAUGGAAGAAUACCUGAUAUUAGAGUAGUGACUGAGGAGAGAUAUACCGGUCUGAAACACAACCUAAUAUGAUUAUUUCAUGCUGUGUCACUGUUGAAUAUGUUCUUGUUGUCACACAAACUGCCAAAAUGUUGAAUUACAAACUUAUUUUUAAGAUUCUGGGCAAUAAUUAGUUGUUUGAAGCCCAAUUUAACUAGAUAACCUUUGUAGGAGGACCUUUUCGUAAAGAAAAAGGACCUUUUCACUGAUGUUUUUAAUUCUUACAUUUACAAGCGUAUCUGCGAGGAAUAGUCAGUGAGAGGCCAACUGCAAAAAAAUGCCAAUUUAUGCACAUGGAAAAAAAAAGACUGGGGAACAAAUGAAAGAAGACAAACAAAAUAAUACCAAACAAAAGCAGAUCUGCAAACAGAUUUUUUUUUCGUCAUCAAACUGAAAGUGAGGAGGAAAUUGUAAAUGUAUCACUCUCUUUUCUGUCCUGCAGUUUGCUCUACGUCUCAUAUUGGAGAGAUAAGUUCCUCAAUUAAAAAGGAAUCUUUCCACUCGCUCAAGCUGGCCGCUCUACCUCACUGCUUAUUCCAAAGAUUCCUGGGAAACAUCAACAUCAUUUCAAAUUAUUCUCUAAUGAGGCUAAUCAAACCUUUUUUUUAAGAUCGACCUUAACCCUAAACAGAGAGAAGUACAGAUGGCAUCUCUCUGGUCAAUAUCAGUUUGAUAUAAUUUAAUAAAUUAUGAUGUGAUGUCUACAUAUUUGAUACUUGAUUAUGUGUUGAUGUAUUGAAAAGGAACUUUGGAUUAUCGCGUUUGAGAAGAAAAGUGUCAGAUCUUGUGACUGUGAGGAGGCAGAGAAGUGAAUAGUUUCAAAGCAGGAAGAAGAUCAUUUCCAUGCUUUUCCUGUAUCAAGCAUGAGAACCAGUCCUGCUGUAACCAAACACCCCAAAGUAACUAACCAGCUCUGCCACUCUGCCCUGUUGUAUGUAAUGUUUGUACCAGGAGAAGGCCAAGAGACUUAUGAAGAAGUCAUUACAUUAAAAUGACUUGUACAAACGGAUCAGCCUGUUUGGUCAAGGUGACUGAGAUCAGUAAUGAGAUUAUCUAGCCUCACGGCUAACAUUUUAGCUGGAAUAUUACUUCAACUGCCAAACAGACUGAUUGGUCCAUAGCUGUGCAGUCUGAUGGAUCUUUAGUAUACUGGAAAAAAAGGGGAAAAUGAUGAUGGCAUUUGCAGUUUUAACAAUAGAAUAAAGUAGAUGAAAUGGAGAAUUCUUCAGUAAAAGUGCAGCAGACUUCUUCUAUAAACCCAUCUGUGCCUGGGGCUUUCAGGUUAAGAGACUUUAAAUUAAAUCUGCCGUCCCCUCUUUACAAAGAUGUGCUCUCAGCACAUUCAAGCCACGCUUUGACAAAGAGGCUCCUGGGAGAUGGAAAUGUGUCCUCUCCUGCCAGCUCACUCUUGGUGCUUACUAGUAAAGGCGUUGAAUUAAAAUCCCUGAAUUUCUGAUUUGGAUGAAGUCGAGCCAGACAGCAGAGCAUCAAUCUCGAACAGCUCAUGGAGAGAUUCAAGCUUUGCCCUGGUCUGUAGACUGUCAUUUUUAGUGUUCUCCCUUUUGGACAAAACCGAAACACCCCAUCCAGGUCAGUUUACUUUGUUUUGUUGAUGAGACAAACUGCUGCUGCCAAAGUUGCUGAUGACAUUAGGGGUGGGAGAAAAAAUCGAUACAGCAUAGUAUCGCCAUAUUUUGUCUGGUGAUAUAUCGUAUCGUCUCAUUUACCAAGUAUUGAUUUUUCAAAUUAAUCGCUACGAUGAAGUCAAAUCUAUGGUAAUGGAAAAAUGAAAUCAAUUGUUUGUCAAGUGAGGUUGGUAGAGGUGACAAAUAUAUGUAAGGUCUGUAAGAUGUGCUACAUGAACAUAAAACAAGACAAAGGAAAGAAGGAAGACAAACAAAGGAAAGCCAAAUGCUAAAUUAGCUAAACAGUUGAAAAAAUUGUAUAAAUCGCGAUAUAUUGUAUCGCAAUACUCACUGUAUUGCAAAAUGUUAAAAAUCGCAGUAUUAUCGUAUCGUGGGGCCAUUAGUGAUUCCCACCCCUAGAUGAGAAAAGACUUUUUCUGAAGACACUACCCUAAACUGUUUUCAGAUUGAUGUCGUUUCCCUUUUUGCUUUUCUGCCAACAUGAGACGGAGGAAAGGUCCUAAAUGGACCUCAAGGACCAGACAGUAGGCUUGGAAGUGCAAACCCAAUUUCACACCUUGUAGAUUUGAUUAACAUCAACAUUUCUGUCGUUCAACUCUUCAGCUCACACCUUUCAAAUCAAAUGAUAUGUUUGAAUUUGCUUAAAGGUACGAUCUCCUAGGUAUGAAGACAAUAAUACAUGUAUAAUACAUAAAAAAAUCAACAUAAGCAGAGGUCAGGGGUGACUGAGAUUUUAUUUUAAAAUAUAGUAAAGAUAUACAUACAUACUUCUUUCACUCUGAAUUAUGCGACUCUCAUAAGAUUGGUGAUAAAACAUUAAAAACAGUUUGAACUAAAACAGAAUUUAGAUUUCCUCUAUUACAAAAAAAAGUAUGAUCACAGUAGAGAGAUUCUCUGUGCUGUCUCUUCUCGGAUGCCUCGCCUCUACCCAGCAACCGUGGCAUUUGAGUAAGUGAAUGCAUACUCCCUAAUGUUGACACCGAGUAGCAAGUAGAAAGAGCAUGAAAAAGAGGUAAAAAGGUAGCUAUUCCUGUGUGUGUGUGUAUGUGUGUGUGAACGGACCGGAAACAUGAGGAAUGCAUUGACUUGAAUCAUUUCCAUAAGAGAAAGAGAUGCGUAUAUUCUUGUACUUGGUGAUUGUCUUUCAGCAGUAAAAUCAUGGAGGUUUUUUAACGGUAGAUUUGUAGAGGUGUGGCAUCUGUUUUUUACCAUUUCCCUGUUGUUAUACAUUCAUAAACAAACACAUGUGAACUUGCCGUGUUCAAAGGUGUUUAUUCUUUACAGUCCAGACUGUGAUUUGUAAAGAUGUGUCUCAGACUAUGUGAUGUGGCUGCUCAAGUGUCUUUGUCUCAACAACAAUGUAAAAUCCUGAGCAAUGUCCACGCUGCUACAAGCAGUCCAUGGACUGAAACAAACUGACAGUACAGUUAGAUGGUGAAUGUAAAGAAGAAUCUGCAUUUUACCCUGCAUAUGUUGGUGUUGGUGCCUACCUCGUUACCACAGCAACCCAUGCAUAAUUAGUUUGGUCAUGUCUGGACACACAAAUCGGAUCUUAAGAAGAGUGUGAAGAGUCCUUCUUAAAGAUCUAAUCCAGGAAACAAACCUGGUUUGUCUGCAGUCUGAACGAAGCUGACGUGUCAUCUGUUGUGUUGAGCUGAUUGGCGGUUAAAGCCACAUGAUCUAGUCUGGGUGUUGUUGCUUGACUGUGUUGUGUUGCAUGCUGCAGAUCCCCUCCCCUACUUGGCCGGACAUAUCAGCCACUGAACCACUGUGGAGGGGGUUAGAUAGGAGGCGCAGUAACUGUUACAACUGGCUUGUUGAUUGUGGGUUAACUGGCAAAUAUUGUGUACUUCUUCUUGAUACAAAAUAAUGAUGCAGUGCCAUAUGGAUCACACAGAUUUUUAACAAGUAGUGAAUAAUGUUGUCCAGCGAUAAAGAAACAGUGGAUCAACACUGACAUGAAACACCUCAGAAAGCUAAAGAAUAACAGAGUUAUUAUUUUUUUCUGAUGUGCAUUGACCUUCACCCCACAUGACAGAACAUUAUAGCUGUGCAACAGACAGAAAGGGAGCAUAUAGAUAAGGCUGCACGUUCACUGGGAACCUGCUUCCGCUGUGGCAAGACAGGCUGUUGCACAUUUCUGACACCAAUCAAAAGUCACUAUGUUCACAAGCGCUGAGAGUUAAAACAUUUUCAACUUUUAACAAUAGGGCAAUGCAGGUAGGGAGGGCGUCUUUAAGUCAUCUCAGUGUAAGAGCAGGAGAUGAGUGCUAAUGCUUCUCUUUAGCGUCUGGUUGUGUCUGUGAGUUUGGCGGUUCGGUUCUCGUGUUCGAAACGAGGAGCAAUCUGAAUGAGCAUGAAUAAAAAUCAGAUGAGAGUAAAGCUAAGGGCUGAUUUGUUUCGUCUUCCAGGCCCCAGCCGAUCUGGAGUGUGCUGCUGGGCUGGUGGUCGUUUUUCAGGUAGAGGUGGUGGCUAAAGAGGAUGUUGCACCUGAGGCUGUAGCUGAGCUGCGGCAGUGUUAAGGGAGUCUUUUAUGAGGCUCAAGGGUCACAAGAAAAAGGAUGCUGCUAAGUCCUCUUGUCCAUCAGGGCCGUUCGAGGAACCAGAUCUCGUUCUGGCGGUUGCUGUGAGCGGGGUUGGUAUAGCCGGCCACGAUGAACGAGUCACUGACGCACACACCUGGAGAGUCCAGCAGCUCAGCCAUGGCGUUGAUCUGAUCGAUAAUGGUCACUUCGUUGGUGGGACCAGUAAAGGGCCUAAAGGAGCAGGGAGUGUUUUGUUAGUAUGAGGCGAUUCAAGCAAGAAAACAACCCAACUAUUCAUUAUCGAAUUACUGAUCAAUGCUAACAGGAGGUGAUUGCUCCGUUUUUCAUUGUGCACUGACCUUGUGUAUACAGUAGCGGCAGGCCAGAUCUCUAUGACGAUCUCGCUGUCAGUAGGCUGUGGGGGCUGGGCCUGAUGAUACUCAGGAAGGAAAUAGGCCACAGUGACGUCAUGGGACAUCACAGAAUGGGUCUCAUCUGUGCGCACCACUGUGACAAUGGGGAGCGUCAUGCCCAGGUAGUCACCUAGAAGUAUAAAGGAAGUGGUAAUUGUCCAAUUUACCUGUGACACAGUCUUGAAAUGAAAACUGGAUUGGAGGUAAUCAGCCAUUAAUUAAAAUCAAAACAUUUAGCACUCCCUCGGUUUCUGACUUACCUAAAGCGUUCUGCUGACAGAUGUAUUUCAUUAUCCUCAUAAAGCCAUAGCAGAUGCUCUGCUCGUAAGUGUCCUCACGCAUUGUUAUACAAGCCCAGUGGCCCUUGUCGUAUUGCCGUUUCUCAUACAGCAGCUCCCCGCACUAAAAAAAAAGCAGAAAUGACGAAAAACAACACUGAGUUACAAAUUGAGGUGGUCAUGAUACUGUGAUAAAUUAAAUUAUCCUUUUGAAACGGUUUUCCGUGACAUUUGGUUUUAUAACAGCACAAUGGCACUGAAGAGGCCAGCAAAUGUUCUGACUACUGACUGGAAAGCUGAAUGUUGUCUAGAAAGUGCGUAAAAGAAAUCAUCCCACACAACCUCUGCUGCUUAAGAUCAUUCAAGCUGUGCAGUCUUUUGGCCCUGUGAGUGAAAUUAGACAAAGAAAAAAAUGUUUCAUCACAGAGUUUUUUUUUCCAUUAUGAUUUCUAUCUGAAUAUUUCAAGACAUUUAUCAUCACAAAUAACAGUAUUUGUGAACCUAAAUGAUACUGCUGUUGAACAUUGUAAAGAGGUAGACACAUCCGAAAAUAAACCCAAGGGAAGAGGUGGGGCUGUGUGUAUUUAGAGAAGUAGUUGCAAGUGUAAAUAAAACACUAAAAGAGAAACUAGAUGAGCCGAUAUAAGUUGCCAUUUAAAAAUGUCAGUGAAAACCCUUGAUAUAACGGAGGUACAGCAGAGCACAAUACUCUGCCGAGCCAGAACAGAUUGCGAUUUCUACCUAAAGUAACCCACUUUGACAAAUGAUCAACAACUCAAUAGACAAAGUCAAUAGACAGAUGUUUUUAAAUCAGCAUGUAGACUGGAGAGAAAUUAAAAAACACAAGGCGACACUCAAUGCUCAUGACUACACUAUAUGUGGUUGUACCCAAACAACUGACCCUACUGUUUUGGCAUCCUUCUGUUGAGGUACCAAGCAUACCGAUCUGACCCUAAAUUGUAAUGAUUUCGAGGCAACAGGGGAGAAGUAGAGAUCGUACUAUGGCUUGUGGAUAAAAAGGGUAGAAACACCAGGGCACUAACUAGAAGAGACUGUGAUGUACAACAGCUCAGGAUGAAAUUUGGGCAAAUGGUCCACUCAUUAUAGAAACUGUGUCGAUUACAGUAUCUUUAAAAAGACCCUUAAACAGUGAGUGAAAACAAGCCAGACCUGCUCUCAUGGGUAACCUCUUUGUCUUCUCUGUUUUGUGUAUGGACUUUUAACCUUUAUGUGAACCAAGAUUGACUUUUCAUAUACGAUUUCUACAUGUUUUCAUCCAAUUGUCAUGGUGCUUUUUAUGAUACCAGAUGAAAUAUAAAAAAUUGCGUUGAUCAGUGUGCAUUGUCCUGAUCAAAUUAAUUGAUUAAUUUAUUUAUUAAUACCUUGCUCACGUUGGCAGUCUAAGAAGAAAACUGAGCUGAAGUUUACCAGAUUAGACCUGUCAUAUUAAAGAAGCCAAAAAAACUCAGCCUGACAGGGAAUUGCGCCUGCAUAUCUGAGUAGUAACUAGGGUUCAUGGUUAGUUUACUGAUUCGAACGUCUGACUGCAUGAAAACUGGAUAUUUAGGUGCAGGUGGCACGUCUAAUUCAGUGUUCAAACCUUGUCACUUCUCCCUCCUACUGUUUUAAUGAACCUUAUUGAAGAAUUUAAGAGUGUAACACCAAGUAAAAGCCUGCAACACUGCUGUCCGUUGGUCAAAUACUUGAACAACACCACAUUGACCCACUCAAAGGGAUCCUUUGCAAGGUAACAGUUAGUUUACACGUGUUUCUGAGAGAUGAUACAGUGUCAUUAGAUACGGUAUCAUCCCGCCAAAGUAUCCAUGUCUAUGUGCUGUCCUUUAACAACGCACUGAAUCCUUCUCUAAGAAUAGGGUGCCACGUCCUUUGUUUAACCGGACUCUCCCGCCAAGUCCUAUGAACUAAUUAACUCACGUUAAACCAAUUAGCCCUCUUUAUUUAUAUGGUCCCCUAAGGGGUUUAAACGGCUUACUGCAUUGGGCGACAUGACCAUCUAGCAAAAAAUAAAUAGCAGCUGACCCACACUCACAAAGAGGUUCUGUAUGUACAUACUCUGAAAGUGAAGCAGGUCAGGUUCUUUAUUUAUUGUUUGUGGAGAAACCGGAUAUAAUCUCUGUAUGUACAAUCCAAGAUUUAAGAGGGGACUCUGACUGUGAGGGAUUUUCACAACUGUGGAAUCUACUUUUAAUUGUUGGAAGAUUAAAACGAGGAUUGUGUGUGCACAUCGUACUGUACUGUGACAGUAAAUGUGCUAUUUACGUGAUGCAUUCAGCGGUUAACCGUCUUUUGAGUCGACAGCCACCCUAUGCUGAAAAGGUUUUCAUGUAAGAGCUAAAUUUGCAAUUCAAGCCUUUUGUGCAAACACAGUUGUAUAUAUUGUAUCUAGGUCAUUGUAAACCAACUCAUAUAUUUAGAAAAUGAAAAGGUUCAGAAAAAUCAGAUUACAAAAGCUGAAAGAAUAAAGAUUCACAGCGUUAUUCGGUUGGUCGUUGUCAAAUAAUACCUUGUCUUUGCGCCCGAGGAGAGUGAAUGGGAUGUGUUGUCUCUGGCUGCGCCCUUGGUCGUUGCUGGUUAGCUGUUGAAUGGGUUCUGCCAUAUCUGUCGAUAGACAAACACAGUAUGAGGUCAGUUCAGACAGCGGUCAACAAGAAAAGCACUUUUAAACAUAUUAGGUGGUACUUGUUUGUAUUUUUCGAGGAUGCAUUCUUUCUUCCGAAACAAACCUCAUAUUGUUUUCUUGAUACUUUGUGUUUUGAGCCCAGGUUAAGGCGAUUAAACUUUACUGGAACACAAGCUCCAAGCAACACUGUUACUUCAGCACAUAAAAAAGCCGGUACUCUACACAAAUGUAUUUACCUCACAUCAUAUCUACACUUACAGCCUCCUGUGUCUAAUAAGUACCAAACCUUUUGGAUUCCAGUAAUCUGCUGGCAGGCACUGUUGGUAGUUUGUGUGGGAAAAGGCUGCCAGAUGGGCAGAACGCUGUGCCAGGAUGUCGCAAAGAGUAAUGUUUAUUGGAUCUGAUGGAGAGAACACUGACUAAAGCUGCCCAAGGCCAGAUAUAGACUGGAGUUAACGGGAGAGGAACUACAGCAGUACAGAGUCAUGAUUUUAAAAUGAAGGGAACAUAUUUUACUUAUUACUGGCUUAGACAUAUUUCAUAUUUUCUCAUUGUAAUUUAAUUUAUAAAACCAUUAAGUUUUUCAAACCUGAUAUAUUAUAUCCUGUUAAACUUAAAGUAGCACUCUUUUAGACAUGGGCCUACACAAGGGUACGCAGAUAAACAAAAUGAACAUAAAAAAAUAACACUUUUUUUAUGAUGAUCAAAUAAGUGUUUUUCUGUCAAACUUUGAAGGUGAUUCAGUUAAGUUUUGUCAGUUAUACCACAGGGGGCAGCUGGGUCUCCUUGAUCUGCAGUAUUUUGAUGAUCAAUCACUCGAUCACAAACUCAGCAGGUAGUUGUUGAAUGUGUGACAGAAGAAAAAUGCUGGUGAAACUAAAUGACUGAUCAUCAGGUGGAGUGGGUCAGCAUGGAUAAAGACUAUGUUUAUUUAACAUGAAAACAUCACCUGCCAGUUAAUGUAUGUACAGUAUGUGUGCAAUUCUUCGAUAAACAACAAUUUCAGGACUACACACCACUGCAGGGUUAUCCCAACACACAGACACAACCGAGCAAACACAUCAGUUUCUAUGGCAGCACCUCUGAGCUGCUUAGUGUUGACGCAGAGUAGAUAAGACCGAGUGCACGGUGAUCACACACACACACACACACACACACACACACGCAUGCAUGCAUGCAUGCACUCGCUGUUGUGCCCGAGCGCCCUUAUCAAUACGAGCUGUAGUCACGUCCCACUUUCAGUCUGGCAUCUGUUCCGCUAAAACGCCAAACAAGCAGGUUUUUAAAGGUGCUCUGUUUAGAAUCUGUUUUCUUAAAGUAUGCUAUCCUUUAGGUUCACACUACAACUUGAAGUUUGAUUUAUCAAACUCUGUAGCUGCAAAACUUCCCUCACACUGUAAACAAUACAGAGGAGGGUUAAUAGCUCUGACUAGGCCAGAGACAAUGUGUGAAACAGUUAGUGCACAAUCUCUCUGUGGCUUUUCUUCUGUGUUAAAUUACAUAAUACAAUGUAAAGCACAUAUUACAGGUGUGUUGAAAUGAAUCAAAGUCCCUACUACACUACUGCCUAAAACUAUUCAUCUACACACUUUAAAUCUCUCACCGAGUGGAAAGAAACCUAAUAAGAUUUCAUAUCAGAUUAAUAAUUUCAUUAAGUUUAAUCUAGAGCUGCUUUGCUCCAAGCUUAUUAAUGUGUGUGCAUGUUACUGGAAGCAUCGUAACAUUUGUCAACCACUUCUGGGAAUGUCUGAGGUUAUGACUGACACAUAAUAUUAUGAUUUAAAUGAAGUCGCAAUUCACAGUACAUUAAAGUGUCAGAGCUGUCCCCUCAGAUUAAUGAUGGGAAUUAUCAGCUUGUAUAUAAAUCAAAUUAGUGUCAUGUGACACAGAAAAAAACGCUGAUCUCUAAUUAGCUUUUGGCUUCUGGUUUUGCUGAAGCUUUUAUUAUUGUUGAUUUUUAUAAAAAAAUUCAAAGUCCUGAUCGUUUUCUGUUCAUUAUCUUUGUGUGGUGCCUACUAAUGUAAGGAUUAAGACACAUCUUUCGAACUUGUUUACAUCUUCUCCUCUGACCUCGUGUAAAAGAGGCAUGACAGACAUGCAAGUCGUACUCUGUGGAGCUUUUGUAAGGUUCAAUCAGGCUGUUCUUUAUAAAAUAAUACGGUCUAAAUGAGGCUUAAGUGACCUGAUUUGUGUUCACAGCCACCCACUGUGUGCUGCAACACUUGUUGCCAUGGAUACAAGUAUAGCAAUAUAUUAAAUAUUACUACGUGACAACUCUCUAUGAAACACAAACAUUUGGCAGCGAAGUUGAAUCAAGGCUGCUCUCAUAGCUUAUGCUAACAUGAACUAAUCAACCACCUCCAACUUCACCCUUACCCUCCCCUCUCCACCUCAACUAGGGCAGAACACUCUGCGUGGCCCUGGCAUGUGUACUGCGCCAUGGUACUGUAGUCCAGGAUUUAGCCACAACCUCUGUACCAGUACAAGCAAGGUGGAUAAUCCCCGCUGAGUCAGUCUAAAAGCUCAAGCUAGCAAAUUUGAACUAAGUCCUCAAUUAGUGCUGCAGUCUGACGACAGCGAGAUGAGGACGUGCCAGUCUGUGCUACUAGAUUCUCAGUGGGCAACCUGUUAAGAGGACAAAUUACCCAAUCACACUUUGAGUCAGGAACUACAAAGGGAUUAAGAGAAACUAAAUAAAUGUCUUCAUCACUAAAUUAUGUUCAGUCUUUUCAGGUUUUUCUCUAACUUCUUCCCUAUAAGAUGCUGCGACUUUUCAACUUUUUCCUAAACAUCUAAAAGCAAAUAUUGUUUACGAUUUUGGUUUCAAAGCAUGUUUAUACCAUAGUGCCCAAUUGGAGGGACACGCAAGCUACAAAGGUUAGAAAAAAGUAUGAGCGUACAAAAGUGAAGCUGAUAAAGAAGGCUCACUUUGUUUUACUGUUUUAUGACGUUCCAGAAGUUGUUUAUGUGAGCAGUGUUUUGACACAGCUUUACUUCUGGAAUUAAGAUGUUAAAUGCUAAAGUUUGAGGCUAUUCCAAAUAGUUCAUUAUUGUAAUUUUAUGACUUGCAAUCACCUGAAUUGCUCCACACUUAAAAAAAAAUGCAACUGUUGCUGUUUAAAGCUCUCCCUGAUUAUUGAUUAAAGGCAAAAUAGUUUAAAUUGAACUUACUGAUCUCAGUGAAACUUGCUGUAGUGUUAAAGUUUUAAAGAUAAGAUAAUCAUUGGUAAUAUCAGAGUCUGGAGUCAAUACAGUAGAUUGAUUUGGUGGAUGUUGUCUUUUUAAUACAAAAACUCUGUCCAUAUCUUACACAUCUUAAGUAUACUGUAGACCCACACAUAUAAAAUACCACAUAAUUAUCGGCUAUUUAUUUACUGAAUUUUAUAUGCGAUGCCGAUAAGAUGCGACUUGCAUCAAAUACUGAUCUUUAUCAUACUGUUUACCAUAUCAAUUUUGCUUCUACAUGACUAGUAGCAACACAGUUUUUUAAAGUGUUAAAGUGACUUCAAAAAUCCAAAUCUUCUUCUCAACAUCUCCUCUCUCUGUUAUUACGAUCCCUUGCUUUCUGGGAAAACUGCAUUAAUUGUGCCUGAAGAUUUCCCCAGUUUUAAUCCACAUAUGGGAGAAUUCCUGCCAUUUACAAUACACUACUUUGUGGAGGUAGAAUUACAGGACUAUUUAUAGAUGAACGCAUUAGCAGUCUGUAGUGUGUCUCCUGAUUGUAGCAGACAGAUAGCCCUUAAAGUACAGCUCUGAACUUUAGCAUUUGUUCUUUGUUAUUGCUCAUCUUUUUUGGAUCAACCCAAAUCCGAGGAGGUCACGUAGGCCCUUUGUGUAGCUUGUUGUUGCUGUUAUAUAAUAGCUGGAGCCUUAAAAUGACAGUGCUUCCUUAUACUGUAUCUAUAGUUAAACUUUAAGUUUUGUCUGGCAUUAACUUUAAUAAGUAUACAGGUAAAUAGUUUAUAUAAAAGGCCUGGAGAACAGGAGUAUGAUAUUUGCCCUACUGGAGCUGGUUUAUCUAUUUGUCUCGCUGGAAACUAGGUCAAUACUGUGGUAUUCAAUGUAGGAAGUUUCACCAAACAACCUUUCCUUUUGUCAAGCUGGUCUUGAAGUCUGUACUUUCCUGUGAACUAAAUGUGAUAUAUUUUUAAAGAAAAUGCUGCUUCAAGAUGGGGGUCUCAAACUUUACGUUAUAUUAUGCUAAUGUUUGUUUGUUUUCCUCGACGUGGUUAUUAUUAUUACUUUUAUUUUUUUUUACCUUGGGCGACUUCCACUUGGUGUCCCCUCGCCACGUCCUGCCAGUAAUGCAGCAGUCGGUCCUGGUCAUCGUUGUCCUCCAUGGUCUCUCCCUCUUCUUCGAGACUGCCAUUUCCCGAGUCUGACAGCUGGUCCUCCGAGAAAGACUCCAGGUCCUCCAGCGUGAUCAUCCCGUGUCCGUCGGGCCCGCUCCGGUCACCACCGCCGCCAUUCAUUUGACAGCCACCUCGAUCCAUUUCUUCUCCUUAGACCUGAACCAAACGAUGGAAAACACCUCUGAAGACCGCCUAACGACCAAAAAAACAAAGAUUACUUUAAAAUCUUCGCCAAUUUUACGCUCCGUUUAAUCUUCUUCGGUUAUCGCUAGUCCAGGUUAGGACAGCCUUUACUUUCUGGUCAACAAACGGCGCAUUACAGAGCUUUUCUCGACACAUUAACCUAUCGCCUUAUUUACAUUGUUAAGCCACACUUUAGUUAGCCAUCUUCCUUCAACAAAUGCGCUUUUUAUCCGACUAAAUACGAGAAACGAAGUAGCCUCCUUCGCCUGCGCGAAGCCGACUGACGCCUCCCUCUUUGUAGCCGGAGGUGACUGCGAUGUUUACAGGAGAGGAGGGCGGACCACGUGACGCUGCGGGCACCCGCAGCCCCUUCUGCUUCCUGCUGCCCGGGACCAUUAAUACUCAAAACCCCAUCUCGGGUGCGCGCAUUUGAAUUCACCAGCGUGAUCAAGGGUGCCAUUAAUGAUUAAUGGUUGAACUUUGUAAUACAUUUGUUGUUACUGCUUUCUUUGUAUCUAUGAAAACAAGGCUGUGGACCUUUGGACUGCAGUACAUGACAACUAUUAUUAGUUGCUUUAUAACAUUUUCUACAUGAAGUGAUUAACAUACAGACUAUAAAAACCCUGUCAAUAGCUAAGAAAGUCCUCAGCUCACAAGGCAACGAUUUAGGUAUCCUACAUUAUUGUCAUUUGUUUAAUUACAAGUAAAAUUUCAGCUCAAUUAUAAAAAGUGCAGAUUUUAUUGUCAUUGUUGAAGGUUCUUAUUGGCAAAUCAAUGUAGAAUUUAGUUUUGGCAAAUGAUCGCAUUACAAUGAUUUCUCUUUUGGAAAACUUUUAGGUAUUUUGAUAAUUAAUUUUUAAUAAAUUUAUAAAAAAAUUACCAUAUAUAGUAGGGGUAGGACAAAAAAUCGAUUCACAUAAGUAUCAGAAUUUUUUGUUUUACAAUUUUUAAUUUUUUUUUUUUUUAUUGUAAGAAUAAAUCUUAAAAACUGACUUACAUGUGAUGUUUAAUUUUGGGGGAAAUAUGGUUCCUUGAAUAGUCAGUAGACAAUCAUAAUCAUUCAACUGUUUCAUUACUGUUACAAAUGCAGACUAAAAAUCGAGAAAAUCAACAAUAUCGUAGAGUUGUAAUUUAAAUCGAAUCGGCAUCCAAAAAAUCGUAGAAGAGUCGAAUCAGGAGAAAAGCAUAUCCUCCCAGCUCUAAUAUGUAGUGAAUAUAUACAGUUUGAUGUUUUUUUUCUAUGUUUUUGUAUUCAAAGCAGCCAGAAAAAACUCCCAAACCCAAUGAGUAAUGACAAUAUUUUUCCUCCCUCACUUAUAUUUAUUACAAUUGAUUGACAGUGUAAUAAAAAAUGCAUUUUUUCACUCUUGCCAAAGGGACAUUUCCAGCAAAUAUACAUGCACUACCCCCAUUUGAAACAUUGUCACUCAGCUGCAAAAUGUGGUUUUUCAAGAUUUCUAAUGUUCUGAUAACAGACACCCAGUGAUAGAGGGCAGCAGGGAGUGAGAUGAAGGUGUGUGUGCCUGUAGAGCUGCAUCAGUCUGUGCAGCAGUGUGUAAGUGACGGCUCUGGUGGUCAAAUUGAUGGUAUCAGGAGAACAGACAUGCUGCGGCAUCUAAAAACAACAUUGACACAAACAGAGGAAGGCCAGUAAAGAAAAUAUAUGAAGAUGUGUUGAACAAAAAUAUCCAUUCAUUUUUGUCUUUAUGCAUUAUUUCCAAGGACCUUUCUCCAUUGUGGUGGGAGUAAGACAAAAACAAAAAAAUCUUUGGAGGAUAACAAACAGAUUUGAACUUGUGUGCUAGGGGACAAAUUAAGCAGGAUUUCCUCUGAUCUGUGACGCUGCAACAGCCAGCCACCAUGUUGCACCCUUCAACAUGCACGUAGAGAGGACAUUAUAUAAUCCUCUGUGGUGUGUGGGGGAGUCUCCAUGUAAAUACACACACUUGCAGUGAUACACGCACCCCACAGCAUGCUACAUGGAUCCAACAGGCCCCCCCUGUCUGGCUGUUCUCGUCAGCAGUUAUCUUCCAACAUCACAUCAUCACUGGGUUUGUGUUCAGCCUCAAUUCUUCUUUUUAUGAAUCCUCCCAGGCAUGCAGUGACUCAUGAUUUAUCAUAGCUGUAAAUACACUCCUCUGUAGAAGUUAGAGGGUUUAAUCUUUAAUCACAUUAUAGUGGAAUUUCCAAACUUCAAUCAAUCACAGCAAACCGUGUGUCUUUUCUUAUGUUUACGUGUGAUAAGUAAGCCUCAACCUGUUCUCACACUCAUACCAAAGUGUUCUCAAUUGUUGACUUGCAGGAGUGAGAGUCCAACCAUGAGUGCUUUCUGUUAUUAAUAGCAGCCUGUAGACUCGCUUUUUCACCCAUUCCCCCAUCAUGUAGCUCCAUCCCCCUCAACCAAUUAUUGGCUCCUACUGAGCAUGCUCAGUGGGGCUGCUGUUGAGGCUGUCAUUUGAAACACAGCCUCUCCUCUUCUCUAUCUGUAAUUCAUGUCUGGAAUAUUUGAAUGUGUGAGGUUGCUUUCGUUCACAGCUUGGUCUGCUUUAUCUUUAAAGGUGUUACAACAAGCAAUUUGCAAUAUCACAGUGUUACGAUUAUUUUAAUUAUCAUUAAAAUCUUCCCAAGAAAGUUGGCCUCCUUUUAUCUGUGUCAUCUUUUUUCUUCACCCACUCUCUGUCAUUAAAUAUUGUUUUUUGCCAAAGUGUUUUCCUUGAGGACAAAUGUCAAAAUCACUGAGAAAAUUGAGUAUUUUUCUGGGUGAUUUUCAGGCAAAGGUUAAGGUAUUAACAAGGUACAAACAAGACUUCAGGAAAUAAACAAAAACCAACACAAACAAUGAAACUGACUGUGAAGUUAACAGUUUUUCUUUCUACACAGACUCACUUCACAUUCCAACCAGACAAAAACAGCAACCUCACUAAUCUGGUUCAGUGUAAUCUCAUAAUCUGGUCCUGACCACUGUGUACACAUUCCCCUAUCGAGCUCCACCUGUCAAUUAACUAUAGAGAUUUUGUCCUGUAACCAGCUGGUGGUGGUCCUCUCUCUCUGCAUUGUCUGCUAUAAAAUGCUGCAUAAAUGUUAAAUGAUCGUCAUUGUAAUCAAAGUAAGAGCGAGGACAUAUCACCAUAAACUUUAAAUGGAACCAUUCUGUGUGUUUUACCCACAUAAAAUAUCAGGGCCUCUCUGGUUAUUGCAUUGGGAGCAUCUGUUGCAGAUGGUUGGAGAGAAGGCUGAAGUGGGCCCUUAAGUGUGUCACCUUUGGCUUCAUUAAACUCCAGUUUCCCUCCAUUUCCUGAUCCUCUUAUGUCACCUACAUUCGUUUCUGGUUCAUCUGCGCCGUCUUUACCCCUUGUCAAGUGCUACAUCAGACUCAUACCCUACCUCACAUCCUUAUCAGCAGUCCCAUCGAUCCUGUUCCAGCCCAUCUACGCCUGUUACAUCCAUGAUUUAUUCACCCUGUAAAAAAGUGUCACCACAUAUGGCUGUUCCCAUUUAUGAUAUGAUGAAUGCUGAAUAUAUGAUCAUAUAAUCCUCUUUCCAGUUAAGUGUUCUGAAAACCUUGCCAUGCCUCCAAACAGAUGACCCAAUGUGAUCAUUAUAACCUGAAAUAUUUCAGUCGUGAAACAAAUUUUUCAGUUGAUCGGAGUUAUUAAACUUUUUUUUUUCUAUCGGGCUGUGGUUGGUCUUGUACUUCUCAAUUAAAUCUUAAUUAUCAAUUACUUGAUAAAUCCCUGUUUUCCAGUUUGAACCAUAUCAUAUGUGAUGAAGCCAAAUCCAGACCAGAUGGACCGCCCUCCUGAGACUCCUCUGAAAAAUGAUCAGUGUUAGGCAAUACAGCUGCUGAUGGUUUCACAAAGGUCAGGGGAUUAAGGGUUGUGAUUUGACCCAUUACUUUUGUCUAUGUAAGUGGUGUAAAGUGCACUCGCUUUCACUGCAGAGAGACAGGCGGGGGUUUAGCAGAGAUGGGUUGGCCAGGUUAGCUUACAAUGCAAGAGAAAAGCACGAGCUAAUUACUUCUUUUAACAACACAGAAAGGGAAAGUUAUCUAUUUUAUUAUUGAAAUGAUCAAAUCUCCUUGUAUUUACAGUUUUUGAACUGUCUUUUCGUGCAAUUCAAAGGCAGUGAUGCCAGUUUGGAGAACUAUAUGAUAUCAAAAUAGUAAUAAAACAAGAUUUAUACCUAACUCACCCAGUUUUCAUUAUGUACUCUGUUCUGAAUUAUUAUCAGAUGUAUUAAGAUGCAGAAAUGUAUCAAAACCUUACAUAUGAUCUUUAAAAUGAAUCUGUAAAGUCUCUGGUUUAGGCUGCUGUCAUUUGCCUGACUUGGUUGACACAUUAAAUUAGAAUCAAAACAAGCACUAUUUACAGAUUAAAAAAAUACUAAAUUGCUUUUAUGUUACAAAAUCAUUUUUUUCCUUCUGUCCAGCUGAUUGCAAAAGACAGCCCACUUCUUUCAGAGCAGCCUUUUUUUUCCCCUGUUCAUGUUUUUAGAGCAGCACUUCCACGCAGCUGAAAUUGAAGUCGUAAUGACCCAGCCAGCCAUCAUCUGCAGUCGUGAGGAUGAAUAGAUGUUGUUAAAAGUGUCUGUAGAGAAAAAGUGCCUCCAUCUCUCCUCCCAUUGUAAGGAAAUUAGGACAGGAGGAAGAAAGCAUCCAGAAUCAAAACAGAUUUCGUUCUUAUUAUAUGUUCCUAGCUGAAGUUCGACUUUUAUUCUUCGCCUCAAAAAGACACUUACCAAUUGAGGGAACAUGAAGGUAUCACGAAGCAGUCACAGCGGGCGUGUAUCUACCUGUCUGCACUACUAAGGGUUAUGUGAGCAAGCGAGCGGGCGAGUCUGAUUCAUCACUCCAUCACACGGAAAAAUGACUUUCAUCAAUGACCUGUAUGUCUGUCUGUUAUGUUUUCUGCCAGGUUCUGGAGAAAUUCAUGUCUCGUCUGGUCCAGAACCGAGUGAUGGCUCACAAAGACCUGCGGACUCUCAGCAAAUACCAGAUCAUCCUCGCCAGGGAUCAGUUCAGAAAGAACCCGCCUCCACACAUCAAGGCACGGACCCUCCUCUCUGAUUUCUUUUAGCGUAAAACCUGAUACUCAGAUAAUGCUUCACCAUGACAUGUGUGAUAUUUAGUGGGAAAUCAACAGAUCUCUAAAGCCCUGAAUAUCCGUAUAAGACGACGUUCAAAUGUACUCAAAGCAGAUAAAUUAAGCUGAUAUCUGCAAUGUCUUCUUUACUGACAUCCUCUUUUUUUAAACGAGUGUUUCAAACAGUCUUUUCUCUUUCUGCUCUGUUUAGGGUCCACAGCAGGGAAUGCUGGAGGGUGACUUUGCCCUUUGCAUCAGUCUGUACCAUGGUUAUGAGCUGUUGAUGCAGAUGGGCCUCAGAUCACUCUUUUUUUACAUCCAGGGAAUCAUGGACGGGUCCAAAGGUCAGGCACUUUACCUCCCUGACAGAAUCUUUGUUAAAUGAGAGAAAAGUUCCACCUCACAUCUGCUUGUGCACAUAGUAACCUUUUAUAAUCCAGACUGUACAUCAGUGCUCCUGGGUCUUUGUUUACUUAGUUAUAUCUGAUGGUACUUUGUAGAGUAAGGGGCUGAUAUGAGCAUUGUUCUUUUUUUUGUUGGUUUAGAGAUGUCAAGGGCCAGAAAUGAGCUGCAGAGGACUCCCACCUUUAUGGAACUUUAUCAACAGAUGGAAGCGAUGUUUCUGAAGCCACCUGCAGGUAUCAAAGUGCUCACUUACACCAUAUUAGUCACACUUCUGGAUCACUCUUACUUAUAUGGAUAAGUCAUUGAGAUGAAACACUCAUGGAUACCACAUCUCACAAACUAAGCGCACAAACGCCUUUUAUUUACAAGUGCUAAAAAUAUAUGAAAACUCUAAACAUACUAUGAUGUAUACCUCCAGGUCCAGAUGAGCCAUUCAUUCACAGUCACCCCAAACUGGAGAAACUGGAGGGGGUGGUGUUGCAGCACUUCAAACUGUGGGCUGAGCGCUCAGCUGACAAUACUGGUGAUUUACUUAUUAUAGCGGAGUUGUGUUGUGACUCAUACGUGCAUAUUUUUCCUGGGUUUAAAGCUAAAAUCUACAACUUUAUUUAUGUUCACACUACAGCAAACAGAAACGGUUUUAGCAUUGUGUUAAAGCUGCUAAAUUGUGUUGCUAUACCUAUGUUAAACAUGUAGUUUUAACUGUAUGUUCAUAUUGAAUUUUAAAAAAUCUAAUCAUUGCGAUUAUUCAGAAGAUUUAGAAGCAAAUAUUUUGUCUUCCUGAGGUUAUAUUUGAUCUUCACAUGCUAAAUUUGGAGAGGAUUACAGAACAAAGCAUUCCAGUUUCUGAGUCAAACAGUCAUACUGUCUUUUUAAGAACCAUACGAAAUUGGUGUCAGUGCUUAUUUAAGGACUUCAAUGUCUCAUUCACGCCCAGGUUCAGGUCCUCAGGAAGUAAGCACGCGUGUGAUGAUCUUUUCAUCGUUCCGUGAGAGCGUACAGGAGAUCGCAGCCAUGUUGGACCGCCAUGCUCCGCUGAUACGGGUCAUGACUUUUAUGGGGCAAGCUUCUGCGGGGAAGGGAGUCAAGGGAUUCACCCAAAAGGAACAGCUGGAGGUACAGAUUAGAGACUUAAAUGCCUUUUUAUGCAACUACUUACAAAGUGCAGCUCCAGGCUAAAGAGUGGAAAACAAUUUAUAUUGUAUCAAUGAAAGCGUAUUUUUAAACAGGCAUGAGGGGGAUACUUGAAUGUAAGUUUUGAACUUUCAGAAAUUCCAAACUUAAGUGUCUGUGACUGCUCACUUAUUGGUUUUAGCACUGACAUGGCUCUUCAGAACUUCUGUGCCGUCACUUGUAAAUAGGAAAUGUAGGAUUGGCGCCCUGAUGUGAAGUACAUCAUGUCCUGUAUAUACAUCAACAACUGAAAAUAGGCCAUAUGACUAGUAUGUUAUAUAAUGGGCUUUUCAGUAUGAACUAGUACAGAGCGAGGUGUGUAUGUUUAAAAUUCACUCUACAUCUAUUGUAUGGAUACAUGAGUUGAACAAAAAGUUAUUUUUUUUCUGGUAUUGAUUGCUUUAAUUGUGCUCUGUCACAGGUAGUGAACAGGUUUCGUACAGGAGGCUUCAACACACUGGUGUCAACCUGUGUUGGAGAGGAGGGGUUGGAUAUAGGAGAGGUGGAUCUCAUUGUUUGCUUCGACGCACAGAAAAAUCCUAUCCGCCUAGUGCAGCGGAUGGGACGCACAGGGCGAAAGCGUCAGGGUCGGAUCGUUGUCAUCCUUGCUGAGGGACGUGAGGAAAGGGUGAGUGUUUGAGCUGACCCGGUUGCCCAAAUUGGAGUGAAAAAUUAAAAGCAAAAUGUUUCUCUGAUCACUUCAAGCGUUGUGUCUCAACACUUAACCAUUGAAUUAUCAAAACGUACAACCUUUGUUCCCCUCAGACGUAUAACCAGAGCCAGAGCAUAAAGCGCAGCGUGCACAAGUCCAUCAUCAGCAACAAAAACAGCUUCCACAUGUACCCAAACAGUCCCCGCAUGCUGCCUGAUGAGGUGAACCCAACCUUGCACAAGAUGCACAUCACCUGUGGGCAGUUUGACCACCAGCAGAGCAGCAACAGGUGCUCAACCGGGGGCCGACGGUCCCGCUCUGAGGGGCGACUCUCACUCAUCCACCCUCAUAACCUGAGUGAGUGAGGAGGCAGGAGCCGAUUUAUGUUAUUCAAAGUGGAAACGGAGAAAAGAGCAGAACCGGUUUCUUAAUUUGCGUGUGUGUUUUAUGUGGUAGUUCUUCAAGGAAGUGCAACAUCAGAUGGCUUCCUCAGCAGUACUGAAUAUUCCCUCUGGGCGUCUACCAUGAAGUUGCAGGAAGAUGAGUCUCAGCCAACCUUGAAACAGUCACACUUCAUGUCUCUACCCUGUGAAUCAUCCCCUCAGGUUCACUCUUGUUUUUUAUUAUCUUUUUUAGUUUUUCGAUGUCCCAUUAAAUGAAGACAAAGUCAAUAAUUAAGACCAGAAUUCUCAGACAUGCCAUCAUAUUUCAAAUAUAUCUUGUAUCGUCCUUUAAUAUUUUCCUGUUUUCCUUUUCUUAAUUGCUCGAUUUGCUGUUUACCAACACCUUUUAUUUCACCACCUUUAGGAGGAUAUUCCCAAAAGUGGCCCACCAUCCAGAGAGCUAUCUUUGUGGGAAUGGAGACACUGGCAGCACAAAGUUCUCCCAACCCAUGCUGUGGAUCACUCCCUCCGCUGUUACCACUUCCGUAAAGUGAUGGAGCUCAUAGACAGUAUGAGAGAGGAAAAUGAGGUGAGAACUGACGCAACAAUGAUCGGUAGUAUGAUAAAAACAAAGAUCCGGAUUGGGGCGAAUUUUGCUCCAUUUUUAACCAUGAGGAUGCGUGGCUUAAUUUAGGUCUCAACUGCGUCAGUGGCUCAGUUGGUUAAUCAGAUGACGAUGUGACCACUGGUUCAAAAUUGGCACCAGCAAAAUUUUUCAUUGCAGGAAGCCAAGAGUCUCACAAAAUAGCCCCAGGCAUCUUGCAUAAUUUUUUGCUUAGUUUCAUAAAAGAAAGACAGUAGUGUGUUUAUACAGAGGGGGAGAGCAAACUUUGUAAACUCACAUGGCUGAAGAGAGUCAGCUGAGAUGCUUGUGAACCUAUGACUGUGAUUUGUGUUGAGUUACAAAAGUCAUCGUCACAGCCCCAGAAGGCGAAUUCCUAGUAUUGCCAACAGGAUGUGUGGUGUUAUUUUGGUUUCAUUGUAUUUGAUCUUUUUCAUCUAUAAUGAUACCAAUGUUCAUAAUGAGGUUUCCUGGCAGCCUCUGAAUUUGUUUUCUCUUGUUGGUUGUCAUGUAUCAGCAAGCUCAGUCAGUAGUCUUGCUUAGAGAGAGAGAUUUUACAUCAACAAGGUCAUUAGAUCCACCAAUGUUGGCCACACAGCACACUGGUUGUCAUGCUGCAGGGUCAUAUGUUUCACAAACCGCUCUGCAUUGUCCACUCUGGUUUGGUACGCAACAUCAGACACUCGAUUAAACCGGAGCACUCUUGACCUUGAUUACAUGUACCACUUCCUCCCAUCUCACACCUUAUCACCUCAUGUUCUGGGCCUCCUUGUCUCACUAUCUGCUGUUUCAUAAGAUUGAACCAUUAAUAAGAACCCUAAAUUCAUUCAUAUCCUUGAAAUUGGGUCAGAGAUUAUGGUAAAACUGACUAUCGGCUGGACCAGCAAUUUAGCUCUUAUUACCUUUGUUAUGUGUGGGUCUUGACUGUAUUUGGACAGGAGAGAGAAAGUCCACCUGUAAAAACAAAACUGGAUUACAUUCAGAGAUGGCAGCUAACUAAAGUUUGUAUGGGUAAAAUCAGGUCAUGAAAAAACCUGAAAACAAAAGAGGAUUUUGUGUAGUCACACACAAAUGUGGAAAAAAAAUGUGGUACAACAUGAUUAAGCCUCUUAAAGUGAAGAACAGUGCGCUGUAAAAAAACUAAUAACAAAACCUUGAACCCUGAGUAAUGCAGUGGCGCCACCCAUUAAAUAGCAGAGAGAUACUGGGUUUGUUAUUGUCACUAAGAAUUAUUGCUCUGACUGUGGCAUUUGGCAAGAUGCACUACCUCAUAAAUUAUGCAAUUUUUCGAGUAUCUCUUCAGAGUGUUUGAUUUAAUGCGCAUCCUGCAAAGCUGAAAGUUCUGUCUGACAUACUUAGAAAUAACCCAUAAAAACAGUUAAAGUGGGUGGACUACCCAAAAACGGAACAAACAUUUUGUCACGUAUUCGAGUCAAGCACUGAGAAUAAUCUGGAAUUUAACUCUUUCUAGGUGUAUCAGAAGCACCAAAACAAAGAUAUAAACUAAACAUACGUCAUUUCACAGUACCAAGACAACCCUUUAUUUCCACAGUGUCACAUGAUAUUAUAUGAUACAAUACAUAUGAUCAAAUCAUAUCAUGUGAUCUUGUACCGUAUCAAAGUGUUUAUUGUUAUCUUGUAUCAUAUGUUCUGUCAUGGCAUUGUAUCUUCUCAUAUUAUAAUCAUGUAAUCUUGUAUCAUAUCUUCUUGUAUUGCGUCGCAUCACAAUGUAUCGUAUCGUACCGUUUCUGACGUAUCCUUUUGUUUCAUUUCGCAUCACCGUACCGUAUCAUACUGUAUCGUUGCGUAUCAUACCAUAUUGUAUUGCAUCGUAUCAUGUCAUUACGGUGUGGUAUGUUAUCCCAUUAUAUGGUUUUUUUUUGUAUCGUAUCGUUGUAUGGUAUUGUAUCAUAUCGUAUCGUAUCGUAUCGUUGCUUAUCAUACCAUAUUGUAUCGUAUCAUGUCAUUAUGGUAUGGUAUGGUAUAGCAUUGUAUCUUUUUUUUUUUGUUUUGUUUCAUUUUGUAUCAUACCGUACUGGAUUGUUUUGUGUCAUAUCAUAAAGUAUUAUUUUGUAUCAUUCCGUAUCGGAUCGUAUCUUAUCAUAUCAUACCGUAUCGUAUUCUUAUCGUAUCCUGCUGUGUUGUUUCAUUUAAAGUAAUAUUGUAUCAUAUCAUCUCAUAUUUAAUCAUAUAAAACAGUAACUUACUGUAACGAAUUGACUUGUAUUCAAAUUUAAAGAUGUGUUACUGUAAGCAGCUGUUUCUUACUGUAGGAAUUGAAACUAUUAUCACUUAGUGUACUGUACAGUCUGUAAUUCAUGAAGAUAUCAGUAAAUUAUAGAUGCUAUAUUUGUAAACUUCAGUACCAUUACUGUUGAUGUAAACACACUGGUGGACCCUAAAAAUGGACUCAAAUGAUGAUCACGUGUGAUGAUGGUUAAGCCACUGAUAUGCACAUUACUAAUGCCACUUGUCAUGUGACCAAGUCAGUGCACUGACCACAUCAUCACACUAUUUCUACCAAAACCGUGUGUCCUUGGAGUUGGUUAUUUUAAACAAAGUAGACGUUUGUGUUGUUUUGAAUAACCAAAAUCAGCAUCAAAAUGGGUAUGCAAAAGAAAAAUUACUUAAACUGUGUCAGUAGGUUUAUUCUUGGUUGUACUGAGUAGUGCAUGUCACGGUAAUUAUAAUCCAUUGCUUUAACUUUCCAACAUGUUUGACUUAAAUGUGCGUCAAGAGUCUUACAUGCAGCAGGACAGAAUUUAUAACGCCAUUAAAAAGAAGCAAUUGAUCUAUAAUUGAUUCAGCUUGUUCAGAAUAGUGUUUACAACAUUCCCUUUGUCAGAGAUAAAUAUUAUGUCUCGAGGCUCGCACAAACAGGUCACUUCGUGCAAACAGGCAUGUUCCCAUUAACACACAGUGUCCCCUCUGCUCCUGUAUAUCCUGCACUUAUCCUCUCUCUGGGAGGAAUGACGUUAGCCACAGCUUACCUCCUUGCCCUGAAUUUGCAGAGAGACCUUUUGACCCUUUGCUCCAGAAACAUCAGAGGGGGGAGAGCAAAAACACAGCAAAAAAAAAAAAUCCAAACUUUAUUUUUCUCAUAAAGCUAACCAACCAUGUACACAUUCCCCCUUUCCCCUAAAAGCCUUGCCCUCUUCAAGCCAUUAAUCUCAUUUGAGUCAAACUUUUGUCUGGGUGAGUUCAAAACCAUGCUGUGUUUUCUUUUGUGCUGCCUUGUUGUCUUUAUGAUGAGGAGACAUAGAGCAAGCAGGCAGGCAGACAGAGGCCUCCCCUCCUGUGAUUAUGUAACACUUCUCUGAACUGUUACAUAAAACCAGGAAGCUGGAAGUAGGUCAUGUCUGCACGACCUACAUGUACAGUGUAGUGAGCCCAGGAUCAGAGGGCGGGAAAUUGAAAAACAGAUGCUAAAAAUGCUAAAAGAAAAACUCGCAAAGACAGUCCAAAAAUGUAUUACUGUACAUUUAUUUUGGAAGGAAAUUUAGAUUUUAAUGCAUUUUUUUGACCUUUCAAAAUAAGAGUUUCUUUUACAUCUGAAGUUUCCUCUUUUCUUUUUGUUUGGGCAUGUUCAGGCUCGACAUGAUUGUCCAUCUGUUAUCACAGGAUGACGUCUGAAGUGUCCUUUUUAUCUGAGAUGCGUUCAGGUUAUCUGUUCCUGCUUUGUCAUAUCAAGGCCAGUAUCGUUACAUCUAACCUGCAUGUUCACUUUGUUCCCAGCCAGUUGCUGUAGUUGUUUGUGUUGUGCUGCAGCUUUUUAUUGCUCAUUACAGUUUGCAAUUAGGGCAAAUGACAUUGUCAAAUGAUUAACAUUCGCCAGUAAAAUAACAAAGAAACUCGAGGAAUUUUUACCCUAAGCUGUUGCAUGUUUGGAAACAAAGUUACGCUGCCAGAUUGACACUAAUAAAGAAUCCUUUGUUCCUGUUUCUGAGGAUCCAACUUGUACGAUUAUUAUUGGGAAAUGAGAUAAUCAACAGAGAGGAGUUUCCACAUAGCUGCUCCCUUCAUCAUGCAGCCUUAACCAAUGAGAACCCUCUGACCCUUUAGCUCCCUCUCUCUUUCUUUCCCUCUCUUUCCACGUCAUCAAGUUUAUUUCGGUCCGCAGCAUCUCUAGAUCUAGAGCCUUAAUCUGAUCAUUAAUUAAUUGUGUGCCAGAGGUUGAGGUUAAUCCUGUGGGAAUCAAGUUCAAUUCAUUAUUUUUCACAAAGAAAUGUUGAGAAAUGCUGUCAAAACUCACCAGAGUCAAGAUAUUAGAAUCCAUCUUUGAGGGAGGAGCAUGCCCUUGGUGAGCAGCACGGCUAAAUCCUCGAAUACCUUUAAGCCCCUGUUCCAAUUUCAUCAGGAUUUUGUUUUUUUAAGGUCCUGCUCCAGCCAUGCUCUCUAUGCAAAGCAGACAGCUAUGUGGAAAGCUUUGUCUGGAGGGUACAGGAGUUUUAUGGAUUUGUAUAAGAUGGAUUAUCCUAAAAAAAACAAGAAAAUGUUCUUUAUUUUCCGCAGAUUUGGGAUCAAGAUAUUUCACAAUGCAAAGUACAGUGCAGUUACAUCAGUGAGAGCAUUUUAGGUCAGUAGGAACUCGCCCCGUCGAGACCCGCAGGCCAUUUCUGCCUUCCUCGUGACAAAAUGAAAGAGCUGCUGAUACAUGGAAAUAUAACUCUGAUAUGAUCAUGCACACACUUUUAUGCGUUAAAGAACAAUACCAUUCAGAAACAUUGGUCUGAACGACAUUAAAGCUCUUUGAAGGUUAAAGCAGCUUUACAGGAUGUUCCAACCGAUUAAUCACCAAAUAUUUCUGAGGUUAAUCAAAACCAGUUUUCUUGAUUUAAAAUGAGGACACCAGUGGAGAAGCACAGCUGUGACUAAUAACAUGAAGAAAGUGUCACAUCGAGUCAGGAGUGUGUGCAGAGUACCAGAAUUAAAACAGUGAAGCCCUGAAACUAAAGUUACUACAGAUAACCUAGACAUGAUCUAUGUUUUUAUCUACAUCCUUUGAAAAAAAGCUGUAAUAAUGUAGAAAUAAUCCAUGUUAUUCAUAUACUUUUAUUGUGUUGUUAAACCUCACUGUACGUGUAUGAUUCUCACAGACACAGGCCGCAUGUUUAGAUUACAAAAAUCAGCUUUUCUCUUUUAUGAUACUGUGUCCCCCCAUUAUUAUUUCUAGAUAGAUGAUGUCAAAUCUAAAUGUGUGCCUAUAUUUUUAGAAAUAAGAAAUUCAUAAAAAGAAAACAAACAUUUUUUGGCCAAAUGAUUAACAAAUGCACAAUUAUGAGGGUAAAAUUUAUGAUUUAAACAAAGAUAUGUAGAAAAUAGUCCUUCUGUUACCCUAAAAGCACAUCAAAUAUGAUGGUGAAACUAAAAUGCAGGAAAUCACUGUUUAAAAAAACAUAAGUUUUUAUCAGUACUUUUAAUCGUGAAUGGCUAAAAUUUCACAAAUUUUUUUUUGGAUGAGAAUUUCUGGAAUAAAUGAUAUCUAACAGUAAUAAACAAAAAUCUGAUUGGAGUUAGAAAUGCUGAUUUUGAAUAUUGUCCUCAUUCUCUACUGUCUUUUUAUGAAAUUCAAAGGUUUAUGUAGGAAUUUUGAAUCUCAUUUAAGGUUUUCAACUUGAUUUAUUGAUUUCUAAAAUGUCAUUUGAAAUUAAAAAGUCAACAAGGUUUUCUGCAUUAAAGCAUCUCUUUAAAAUAAAGAACCCAACACCUUUAAACUUAUUUAAUUAAAACCACAACCAGUGAUUUGCCAUCAUUUUUAGUGUUGUGUACUGUCUUGUCUCUGUCUGCUUAGUGAUCCUGAUAUGAGUUUAAACCCUUGUGAUGAAUAGUGGAGUUAUAAAUAAUCCCACUUCAAUUGCUACUUAUAGCAUAACUUUAUUUCCUUUUUAGUUUACUCCAGGUUUGUUGUCAUAUAAAUCAACGUUACUAAAAGACAUCAACUCUUAAACUUUCCUUUCAGUCCAUGUUGAUUGCAUUCGUCAGUGAAACACUCGAGAUGAUGUUUAAAUCUCUCUCAGAUCAAAUUGCAAUUUUUUUUUUCCAUGUAUAAAAGCCGCUCCUGCUGAAAGUAUGUGGCCUCCUUUUAAAAGUGCUGAGUGUUGAAGAGUUAAUUACAGCUCCAAAGGCGAGAUGUGCCGUCAGCAGGCGGCUCAGUCUUUGCCUCUAGGUUUGUUGCAUGUAGAGAUUAGGUUGGGUUGUCUAAGAUACCAGGAAGUAAAUACGUAAAUUCAGGACUUUUAUUUGUCAAAAAUAUCAACAAAUAAAGGGUUUGAUGUAAACACUAAGAAGCUAAUAUUCUGUGUUAAGUGUACAGUUUACAGUAUAACAGCUUAUUACCACUGUGUGUCUUAUCGUCAAAAAUGAUUCUGCUGAUGGCGGUUUAUUAUGUAACCAUCAUUUACUGGAAUAAUUACCUGCCACAAACGGAGCAUUUUAAAAGCAGUGUGCUGAUUAGGCGUGAUAGGCAGGUCAACAAUAAAAAAAUGGCUGAUGACAAAUUACUCUUCAGGCUGUAACCAGGUUUCCAAACCUGCUGAUCAGGACCUGAAGUAGUUCAGUUUAUAAAGGCCAUGCAGCAAAUUUGAGAACAAAAACACUCAUCCUGCUGUAACACAUUCAGUAAAAACAGGCAGGCCAGCUUUUUUUCAAUCAUUCUUGGUCCCUGGAGGAGAAAACUUGCUCUUGUUGCUCUCGACUCUUGCAUCUUGAUAUGAGCAUGCAAAGCUGCUAAAACAAGAUACUAACUGCUUGGGACAGGUGUGCAGGCAUUGUCAUUGGCCUGGUUUUUCAGUCUAGCUCUUGUUCAAUAUUGAAAACCACAAGUGACAUUUUGGCAGGUGAAAAAGUCUGAGAUGCAUUAUUAAGACAAACUCAGUUUCUCUGGAGCGUGAAAAUAUGGCAGCCUUUUUCCCCCCCAGAAACCAAGCAAGAGAAGAAUCAAUAAAUCAUAAACAUCGGUGAAAAGCAAGUCUAACAAGCUGGGUUAUACAAGAAAAUGUAGAUUCUGAACUUUUACAGGGACAGAAAGAGGAGCCUCUGCUGACCUCAGUUAGGAAACUUGUACAAGUUGGUUUAACAGGCAAAAAUAUAGAGUUUUCUCAAUGACUUAUAUUGUAACUUUAAAAUAUAUCUUGGAGCAGAGCUUAUGAUUAAAAAGAAAAGUGAGGAUAAAGGCUCCUCUUUAUGUUGUUCCUGUGAGAGGAUCUGAUCAAAGAAUUUAGUGCUGAGUACUGAGAUUAAAUAAGUCAAGACUGGAUGAGAGUAGGACAUGAUUUUGUUGCAGUAGUUGAGAACAUCAAACUGUUUAAAAGCAUCCAAGAAAAAGAAAACAACCGUUUAACAACUUCAAUUUAGUUCUGGUUGAAAAAAUUUCAAGACGAUGGACAGCUGAGAUCAUCGAGCAAUUGUGACGUGAUAGUUAAAGAAUGCCGGAGGGUUCUACAAAAUCUGGGAGUGUCUGAGUCCAAGUCUAAAUGUAGGUUUUAUAACAGAAAAACAUCCGAAAUAGGCAUUAUUACAUGAGUCAUGAUAGAUUUCUUCUUCAUAAAAAGAUUGUUUGUGAGAAGUUUUCCAUCUCUCUGGGCUGUUUCUCUCCCUCUGAAAUCAUUUCCUUUUUCUAAAAAUUUACACAUAAGUUGAUCCAGUGAUGAAAUUAUUUGCCCCUUUCAGGCAUACAGAUAUUUUGCUCUUCCUCUACACACACUACACAUCUUUGCUGCACAUCAGGCUUUUCUCCCUUCCUUUCUGCUCACUGAGCAUCGCCUUCCUGCUGGAUGCAGGUUCGAUGGCGCCCCGUUGGCCCAAGCAGGGUACCACUCAAGAUGAAUCACUUCCAGGUCACAUGGUUGGCACAGAGGACAGGUGCUAGAUGAUUGCUCUGUGUGUGAGUGUGAUUGUGCACAUGUAUGUGUUUAGGGGGGGUAAUAAAUGGGGAACCUUACAUCAGACGGUGUGACUUCUCUUCAUGGGGCACUUCCUGCUUGACUUGCUGAGUGGUCUCUGAUUGGUGUGUUACAUGUGUCGCCUGAUUACUGCACUUCUCCCGCUGGGACUUUGUCUUACUCAACUCUCCUGUGUUUGUGUUUAGGGGGACUGCAAGUAUGAACAGGACCUUCUUCCUUUCCUCCAAAAGGAUGAUUCUUUUGGCAUUGUAGAGAAGAAACAGAAGAAAGUGAAGAGCUCAAAGACCUGCGCUAAAGCUACCUAUAAGAGACACAAACCGUCACACUCAACAUUUUCUGACCUUGAGUGGAUUGAUGAGGAAGAAGAGAUGCAAAGGAAAGGUUUGAUUUCUGAAUUUAUUGUGAGGAAAAAAACAAGUCCUCUUCAGGAACCUUGUGAUGACUUUGCAGAUCAACCAGGAAGUGAGGCUGAGUCCCCUAACUUCCCCUCUUUCCCUCCAAACAAUGACUACCCAGAAGCAAGCACGGACGAUUGUUUCAUUGCUAGCAAAGAUGCCAUCAAACCAGAGAAGAAGAAAACAUCUGAUGAGCCUGAAAGUUUAGACAAAUCUUCAACUGAUGAAGAUGUUGAGCUUCAGGCGAUGUUCUACCUCCCAAAAUGGGCUUCAUCACCUCUUCCCUCUUCUGUGAAACUCACUCAAACAAGAGAUGCAAGUCUGAAGAUCAUCCUCGCCAAUGUGGCUGAGCUCCUGUCGAGGUCUCCGCCAUCUUUGCCAGGAGAUUUAGAGGCCGAUAUGGCCGCUCCAUCACCUCCUCAGAGGCCUCAGCAGCUGUUCAGAGUGAGCUUUACCUUGGACGUUGACGACGACGAUGAUGACGUGGUGAUGAGUGACACUGAUGAAGCUCCUUUGAGGGUGGACAAAGACAAGCAUCCAGAGGGUGAAGUAGACAAUAAAAAGUAUCAUGAUUGGCCUCUUAAGAAGCAGGAACAGAGCAUCAGCAGUGGAAAGAUAGCAGCGGAAAGUCCCACCUGGGAAGAGGUGUUUGAGGACGAAGAACUUGAUAUGAAUCAUGACAGAAAUGACCAACAUAUGGAGGUGGAUGAUGAACGAGUUUGUGACAUUGAAGGUGAAAACGGUGAAGAUGUCAAGAAAAUAAGAGAGGAAAUGGAGGAAAAAGGAAGUCAUUGGGAUGGUGGUGUACUGGACAAUGUGGACCCUCAGACAGAUGAGAGCAUGGACCUGUUUGGGGAUGACGAAGCCUUCAUGCAGAUGACCAUCCCAGAGAUCUCCACUCCUGGCGUCACAUCCAGGAAAUCCCCUAAUGCCUCAGACAUCACCGACAGCACAACAAAGAUGUCUAAUACUUUACAUAACCACAUGCCAAUGAACCCAUGUAGCACCGCACACCCAGCGUACACAGCUGACUUGGAACACACAAAGCAUGUAACUCAUAGUCCGCAUACUGAGCUGAUAACAGACACUCACGGCUCUGCAGAGGGAAAACAAAACCCAGAGUCAUCGGACAGAUCUCAUGACUACUUUUCCGUCAACUUUGACCUUGGCUAUUCCUUAGAAGAAUCCGAAGAAGAGGUAGAGGAGGAUGUUCCUGCCCAGAGUACAUCUCCUCUGCCCAAAAAGAGGGCCUUGUCCAACUCUUCCACUCCUUAUAACAACUCUCAUAGACAAAUAAUACCCCCACAGUCCACUGAAGCCAAGUUAUCUAAACUGAUACUGUCAGAGCAAGGAAAGAGAGAAACAUCCUCCCCUCUGGCGCCGCCUUUAAUGUUAAAAGGUCAUGAACUGCCAUCUCCCAUCCCGUCCCCUACAGCGAGGCAGAUGCUCGGUUACACUCAGCCUCACAGCCCGCCUUUGCUCCCCAGGUUAAAGCGGAGACGACUGGAGGGUCCUACUGAGGCGGGGAAGGCCUCAGAAUCUGUCUGUUUGACUGACUCUCCACCUCAAAUAGGUUUGUUUAUGUUUUGAAUCAGAAUACCUUAUUUAUCCUCAGGAGAGGGGAAAUUCAGUAAAGAACUAAUAGCUGUCAUUUUUAACAUUACAAGUGUUAUACCCCCUUGUUAUCCUGUCUCUGCUUCCUUCUUUCUUAGUGAGAAACAGCAGCAGUGAAAGUGAGGAUGAUGUCGUGGUUCAAAAGAGAAGACAUCGAGGCAAGGUCAACCCAUUGUCGUCACCAGAAGUAGUGAGUAUGGCCUUUUAAGAGCUGGGCUACAGCAUUGACUGUAUGUAAAGAUGGAUGUCAGGCCUUCGUCUCUGCCUAUUGUACAUAGAUAAGUCUUAGCGGACAUAUAGCAAAUAGAAGAACUAUAUGCAAUGACGGAAACAUGUCUUUUAAAGUUUGUUCCAUCUGUUUAAGAGGCGGUGUUUUGAUUUUUUUAUAUCUUGAAAACAAAUAUUGAGGGAUAAGUUUGGGAAAAGUUUCAAAUACUGAGAUAAACAUGUUGGAGUAAACAGUUUGUUCAAAACGUCACAUGAGAACUGCUCAACUUGUGACAUCACUUAUUGGUGAAUCUCUUAAAAAGGGCAUAAUCGGCACUUUUUCCAUCUUUUUCCAAAUUUCCUUUGUAAGAUCGGGGGUCCAAAAUGUAUGGGCAUAAUUCAUAAUGAGUAACUUUUAAUUGAGAAAUACUAGUUAACUCAAUAAUAACAACUUUGUAGCAUGGCAACAGUGGAGGAGGAUUCAGAAGUGCUUUAAAUUGCCCUAGUUGAAAUGAACCUGACGGAAGAUAAAGUAAGAGUUUUCAAAUACAACAACAUGUAGCCUGAAAAUGAGCAUAAUACCUGCUCUUAAACAUGGUGGAAGCGGAGUUUAAUGUUGCAGCCAGUCAGAAAAGGAAGUUUUAAAUUAUCAAUAUAUUUGAAAUAUGAACAUUUAGAAAGCUGGAAACAGCUCUUUAAGCCUACUCUGCUCAGAGGGAAAACAAGAGCUAAGGCAACUGAAUCAGAUAUCUGAUUCAUACCACUCAGGCGAUCAUUGUCAAUCAUCUUCACAGUAUGCAGAGUUGUCAUGGCAACCAUCUGAUGAGCAGGGAAGCGGCUUUUAGAUUCUGAAAUGUUUAAAACAAUCCUCUCUAAUCAAUCGAAUAGCAGACAUAUACAAAGUGAACAGACACAGGGAGCUUGUGUGUGUCUGUGUGUGUAGUCUGACACGUUUUGUCCCUAUCAGUCAAAGAUCUGCAGUGACGUGGACUCCCCUCUUAUUGUGACCAAGAAACGAUCAGCUGCACUCAUUAUAGUAAGUACUCUUCAUUCUAAUGCUCAAUGAACUUCAAUGUAUUCACCAUAGCAGAUUUGACUUAAACACCCUCUCUGUAUGCAUCAACACAACAGGGUACCUACUGUUGUAAUGGUUUAAUAGCAUCCCGCUUUAUUACCCACGAUCAGCAUGGCAUGAGAUGCUGAACUAAUUUGUUUUCUUGAUUGCUCUCCAGACCGAUGAAACAGAGAGCGGAGCUAUAUCUGAUGAUGAUUUCAGUGAGUCUGUGUUCACACACAGACCUGCAGCAGCUGAGAGACGACAAGUCCAACGAGGCAAAGCCAAGGUGUGUGUGUCAACAGAUGGCCCUGAAAGCUGCUGUGGUCUAAAUCUGUAUUACACCAUUUAUCUAUUAUUUUAUAUUACCAAGCAGCUCCUGGGUUGAUGCAGAUACAGCUCUGAUUGUUGUUUCUUUCAAGUUGUGUUGUGUUCACAGUGUUACUUAUUCUAACUUUGACUACUCCAUAUGAAAAGUCAACGUUAAAACAAAAUUCAACACAUUUCAGAGUAUUUUUCCCCCAAAAGACACCGCCCUCCAAACAACAGGAAAAUGUCAAGUCUAUAAAUAUCUGUCGGCUGCACAAACACCUUCAGCAUCUGUCAAACUUGACAUUUUCCAUCGUUCCUUUUACAGCGCGCCAGGAGCCAUAAAGGGCGUCAGUUUCUGGACGAAGAAGCAGAGCUGUCAGAGGAGGAAGAAGGCGUAGACGUGUCAUCUGAUGAGGAGGAUGGAUGCGAACUGAACCAGUCUCUUGAUGGUUUUGUGGUCGACAACACACACCUUUCUCAGGGACUAAAUGGUACAAAGCUGUUUCAAGCAAUAUAUUUUAUUAGAACUGAAGAAGUUCAAAAAGAACUGUUGCAUGAACACCUCCUGUUUUGCUCUCUGACAGACUCUGAGAUGUGCGGUGUUUACCUGAAGUCAGUGAGAAGCCCUGCCGUCCACGGCAAGUUCAAAAUGUCCUACAGAAACCAUCACAACAUGGACAUAUUCUCUCAGGUAUUCAGCAUCAUUUAAUCUCAGCUUUUCCAGAGAAACGUGAGUGACAAACAUUCAAACAAAAAGUUUGUAACUGAAAUAUUUGGUAAUUCUUUACUCCACUCUAUAUUUCUCUGACCCAAGGUUCCUGAGAUGGAUGAAACUUACGCAGAAGACAGCUUUGUGGUUGGGAGUGAAGUGGAGGAGGCAGAGAGCAGUGAGGAAGAGGAGGAAGACAUUGAACUUCUGCCUGAAGUCUCCUACGUGGACGGGCGGAAGCAGUAUGCCACCAGACGGAGAGUUUUUAUUCACAAAGCCAGAGCAAAAGCCAAGACUACCACUGAAUCUGCCCAGCAGCAGACAGCCGGAGUCAAACCCAAGCGCUCAAGGGUUAGAUGCAUCCAGGAUUCAAGUGAGGAUGAGGCCGAGGAAGCUGGGAAAAAGGGAAGUGUCACAACAGAAGCGGAUGCUGCUGCCCCCUUGUGGCCCAAGACUUUACAGCCAGGACCGAGCAAACCUCAGGAGCAGCAGAAACCUCCAUCUUCGUCUUCAACCAUUGCAUCAAAGGUCUCAAAGCUAAGCAAAGCUCAGAGAAGCUCCAUGACCCCAGAGGAGCAAAAUGAGAGGUAAAUCAAGACAGAGAGGUGACGCAUGAUUAUUUAUUGUGACACUCACCAUUGGUUUUAUCUUCCAGGUAAAUAAAAUGAAUAUAAUUUCAAACAUUUAAAGCUGUGAUUACUAAAGUUUGGAUAAGGGAGGUACUGUAGUUUAGGUGCCAUUUACAGUAAAUACACAGAUAUCAUAAUUGUAUUUUAACAUGACAUAUUUUUAGCUUGAACACCUCCUGUUUCCUCCAUAUUUUAGCUUGAAAAGUAUACUUGCAUUUGUACUUUAAAAAAAACUUUUACCUUUACUUUUUCUUUUGAAGUUUUAAUUUAAUGAAGUAGGAGAGGAGAAAAAGAUAGAAAACAGAGAGAAGAGUUAAAAAGUUGGAGCCAAAAGGAUGAGGAUGACAAGGAGCUGGAUUAGGCUGAAGCUCUCCUUACCAAGCUAGACUCUAUUUUCCCCUACUUCUCUGUUUUUUAUUGUAUUCUUUUUUUUACUAGAGCUCUUUUCUUUUUCUUGCAGGUACCGCCAGAGGUUUGAAAACCAGCAUCUGCUCUCUGAUGAACUAGACUUUGCAGAGACAGAUUUGCGGUCAUCCUCCAAGAAAUCAGAGGUACACAGUAAACACAGCUGUCUGAUAAAUCAGUUCAAUAUUUGUAAAAGUAUCAAGAGGCAACACAUCAACCAUGAUCCAUAAACAAGCGUGAAACUGACUUAUGGUUUCAUGGGAUUGUUAUUUUCCUAUUUCCAGACCCUUCUUGCCUCUUCGUCUGUGCCUCAGACCACCGCUGCCCAGGAGGCGUCUGUCAGUGAGCCUCCUGCUCCCCCAGGGCCUGUCGGCAUCCUGGCUGACAGCCGCUGCAUUAGCAGUGGAGUAGAGCUGAUGGCCUGCCUCCGCCAGCGUCACUCAGCCACCGUCCAUGUCUGCUCGCUGGACGGGAGCUACUUCAUUGUCAGCAACCGCAUGGCUGUAGAGAGGCACAGCCAAUCAGAUUUGAGCUCAACGCAGAACAGGAAGAGAUUGACUGAGAGGGUGAACAGUUUGCAGGGGUUGUUCGAGCGCGUUUGUCUGAUAGUGGAAAAGGACCGAACAAAACAAGGUGUGUGUCAGAAAUCAUAAUUGGUUGUUUGACUGGAAAUUACUUUUACUUGAUUUCAAGAUCAGAAAGGUCGCAAGCCUUGAAAGAACACUUCAUAUUUCUAAUUCUGAUCAUUUCCCUUGUCUUAGGUGAGGCAUCACGUCCCUUCCAGCGAACUCGUUACUAUGACAACACUUUGACAGCACUGGUGCGAACAGGGGUGCGCCUGCUCUGGAGCAGUGGCCCCGAGGAGAGUGCCGGCUUGCUGUCGGAUCUGGCGCGACUGGAGCAACGUAAAGGUCAAGGAAUCGCCGUACCUUUGGAGGUUAAAGGUCAGCGCCGGCAGCAGGCCCUGGAGCUGUACUCUAGCCUGCCCUCAGUCAACCAUGCCCAUGCCCUCAACAUGAGCCACAACUUUAGCUCCAUUGCACAGCUCAUCAACAGGUACUGGAAGUAAUUUGAGUAUGCAUGAUUUGGCAAAACAAGAAUAAAAUGCUUUUGUCCAUUUGUUUUUGCACAUGUUUUCACCUCAUUUUCCUUCUCUUGCAGCUCUGUUGAAGCCAUACAGAAAGGUGGCUGCAUGAGUCAAUCCAGGGCUGAGGAGGUCUACCGCUUCCUGCGCUACUCCUGUGACUCUUUACUCUUGAACACAUUAAAAACAGGAAAAAGCUGAAACAACUUUCCAUCCUCGGCUCCUCUUUCUUUACCUCCACGACCUGCAAGAGCCUCAGGAUAAUGAUUUCACCAUCUUGCACAAUAAGGGUAAAACAAUUGAUUUAUUUGGAAUACUUGAAUGAAGUCAACUUAUUGUUUAUUUUGUGUUUGUUGAAGUGCCUACGUGGAAAGUACUUUCUUUACACACAGAAUGUGAUCUUAUGAAUUGAAUCAAUAUUUGG